AUGGCGGCUUAUGGUGCAGCCACUUCUCUCAAGAAUACGAUUCACCGUAUUCCACAAUCGUCUUGCAUUUCUCUCGUUUCACCCUCUCCACAAAUCUUGCAACCUGCCUACGAAGAGAUGGAUCGAUUGCAGAGUGUUCUGCUAAAAUUAGACGACACCGGCUGCAGCAAGAUCAGGACGAAGGUGAAUGCUGCGGAUGAACGAAUCAAAGAGGCAGUUUGGGAAUUCGAAGAUUUACUCGAAUCCCAUGUCUUACAUCAGAUUCUUCAACAGCUCGAAAGCGAGAGAGACAACUUGUCAUUCUCUGUAGAUCUGCAGAGUCUGCAACACCGCGUUGAUUGUUUCGUCGAGAUGGUGAAGAUGAUGGAUGAAGAGUACAUAAUUGAAAUGGAGAAUAUGCCUGAAGAAGAAGGCGAGCCUAUUUCCUCAAGAAUCGAUUUUGGUGGAAUCAAGCCAAAGAUGGUUGGAUUAUCUGAUGAAUUUCAAAAAGCCAGAGAUGAUCUUCUUAAAGAUAAAAAUUAUUCGAUUAUGGGGAUGGCGGGCAUUGGAAAGACAACUCUUGCUAGGCAUAUUUUUGAGGAUCCAUCAAUUCAGAGCCAUUUCGAGUUUCGAGCAUGGGUCAGAGUGGGUAGAAAAUGUGAAUCCAACGAACUAUUACGAUGCGUUCUAGCUCAAGUGGAUUCCAAUGCUUACCAAAACCUUACCCAAGGAGAUGAUGAUGUGGCAGAAUUAGUUAGAAUCUUGAAAGAAAGUUUGAAGGAUAAGAAAUGUCUCAUUGUGUUGGAUGAUGUAGAAGUAGCAUAUGGCUUGACAAAUUGCUUCCAAGAUAAGAAUAUUGUUGGAAGGAUUCGAUUCUUACUUACAAGUAGACAAAGUAUAGGAGACCCGAAGGGUGGGUCCGAAAGAGUGCGCUUUUUAAAUGAAGAAGAAAGUAAGGAAUUACUCGGUGAGAAAGUGUUUGGCGAAGAGGGUUUCCCUCCUCAACUUGAGGAACUGGGAGAGAAGAUUGCCAAGAAACGUGAAGGCCUUCCUCUUAUGAUAGUCACGGUUGCAGAGCUCCUAUCAAAAGCUGACAAGACCCCGGAAUACUGGAUUGAGGUACUCGUUAAACAACGUAGUCCAGUCUUUGUGGAUGCAUUUAAUCAAAUAUCGGAGGUAUUUUUCCCAAGCUAUGACUACCUACCCCAAUAUUUAAAAAUGUUUUUUCUCGAUAUUGGAGCUUUCCCUCCAUAUAAUGAUUUCAAUAUUUUCACGCUCAACAUUAUGUUGAGCGCCGAAGGGUUUCUUGAACCGAUUGGAGAAGAAAGUUGCUUGGAAAAUCUUUCUUCGUGGUAUCAUCUUGUUCUCGACACAUCACAUGAGGAUGAAUAUUGGUUUUGGGAUAGAAGCUAUCGCGUGCAUUCUUGUUGGCAGCACGUGUGUGAGGAAGAAUAA